UAGAGACGGAUAGAAAAAAGCGAAAUAAAGUUUGGAUUCUCCAUGGUUUCAUUUUGCUGAAGCAAAUUAUUUGGAUCCAAGGAGCAUUUGAGCGGCUCUGUUCUCAACCGAAUGUAUACAAGAAGAAAUAACAACAGAGGAGACUGAAUCCAGCGACAGAUACCUCGUCCUGCAAAAGCCUAAACGCCUCUGCAACAAAACGGAGGUGGGACGGCGGAUUGACUGAGCAACUUAGUCAGUUAUCACAUGAUAACCUCACGCGCGCAUACUCUCGCGUGCCAAAACCCACAUAUAGAGCACAGAGGGGUGCAUGUAAUGAGAUAUGAGAAAGGUGAAAACAGAAAAAUCGAUCCGUUAUUUGCUUCUGUUCAGCACCACGGACAGCACCCAGCUACUAAACUGUGCUCGCGCACUCUCUCCGCACAUAAUGUGACAUUUUUUUUUUCCAUGUGAUGCGUGCAUUAUUUUGACAGGUCACGCGAUCUAAACGUAUCUAGCUUUUAGACCUUGUCUUCCGGAUACUGAUGCGCUCCACCCACUCCGUUUUUACUUCUGCUUUCUAACGCAAGAGGAGGAUGUUAACCCGGAGGUCGGUUGUCAUGUGCAGGGAGCACACACCUAAAGCAUCGCUGUGAAAAUGUAGGAAGAAUUUAAGAUGGCCGAGUGAACCCUCGUUUCUUUUCACCGCCUUGAGGGGAUCUGGGAUAUUCAGGUCCAUCACACAGCUCCUCGUUAAAGAUGUUAAUGUAAGAUGGAUUUGCCGAGCUUAUACGUGUUGUUAACGGUUAUUGAGUGGUAGUAAACUGAGUGGAGGUAGGUUGAUUUCAGAGUGCACAUUUUUACUGCAUGCAUAAAUAAAUAUAUCUAAGAAGAUUAAAGACAAAUACUGAAUGUUAACAUCCAGACAUGCCUACAUUGCAGGAAAAAAUGCUUCAAGGCUCAAAUAUUUUGGGGCAUGAGAGGCCUCUGAACAUCAGGGUCUCAUUCAGUACCUGUGUUGUGGGUACUGUGUGCCUGCCUUUGCUCGGACUGGUCGCUUGUGUCUUCAUAUCCUUUGUUUUUCAUUUUGAGGAUGCUACUGGAACACAUUGCCAGGUUCCAAACUACCUGCCAUCUAUCAGUGCCUCAAUAAGCCUGAGUCCUGAGUGCUACAUAUGGCGGUUCUGCAUCGGACUGCACUCAGCACCAAGGCUCCUGGUGGCCUUUACCUACUUGAAAUUUUACAAGACACGCUUUGCAGUCAGGUUCCCAGAGAGCCUACUCAGCUGUUUGAACUUCGCCUUUUCUAUUUUUGAGAACCUUGGCCUCUUACUCCUUACAUAUGUAUCAUCAAGUGAGACAUACUUUGUGCAUAAAGAAGGUUUUGUCCUGUUCAUUGUGAGUUCCCUCAUCUACAUGACGAUAACUUGCCGUCUGUGGAAGUCUGUUAAAAAGUAUUCAUUAAGCCCUGAGGAUGUCAAGUCCCAUCACUGGAAAGUGCGGUUUCUACUACUCAAUAUUUGCUGCUGUGCAUUUGCUGGAUUCUUUUACUGGAAACACAACAUGUACUGUGAGCCAGGAAGUUAUACAUUUUUUGCCCUCUUUGAGUAUCUGGUGGUCUUGUCCAACAUGGCUUUCCAUUUGACAGCUGUGUGGGACUUCAAGAGUCGGGAGAUUGUUGUCAUUUCAUCCUCUGAGGAUAAAGACUUCUAAUGAGAAACUCAUGGGCUAAAUGUGCAACUGCUAAACCACUUGAAGACAACAGUGAUGAUA